AUGCUGCGCAGCGGCGCUGCUGCUCCCAGCCCCACGGACCCCGGAGGCCACCGCCACGGCAGCCUCGGCGCGCGCGCGAUCGUCUUCGAGCAGGCGUCGGUCUACCUGCCCAGCAGCGAUGCGGCGCAGCUCGGGGCCAGCUGCUGGACGCUUGAGGCCUUCCUCGAUGGUGCGCACCGGCCCGGCGCCUACUGGCUCCUCCAGCAGGGCGCGGCCCGCGGCCGCUACGAGGGCGGCGUGGCAUGGCUGCACGCGCUCGCCGAGCUCCGCAGCGCCGCCGCCUUCGCGGAGGAGAUCCGGCGGGUGAAGGUCCCGGGCCAGCUGGAGUUCCACUCGGGCUCGGUGCUGCGAGCCUGCAUCGCCGCCCUGGCCGGCGCGGGCGGCCGGCCCUUCGAUUUCGCCGUCACCUGGAGGUUCGCUCCGAGCAGGCGGCGCCACAGCCCCGGGCUGCUGGAGCUCCGCCUGGGCCCCAUAGAUAUCAUCGGCGGCGUUCGGCCGUCGGACCUGGAGAUCUGUGUGUCGGGCACAGUGCCCGCGGUUAGGGCCAUGGGGCACAUGCAAGCGGACCUGUUGCCAGUCAGGUGCGGCGGGACGGGCGGCAGCGGUGUGCGCCCACAUCCGAUCAUGCUCUGGUUGGGGGAGGGACAGUGCGAGGAGUUUCUGCAGCACCACCAGAUCAUCUCGCUGAUGUGCAUCGACGUGGGUGAGCAGGAGGCAUCGGUGCGCCCACUGGUCGCGUAG